CUACCUGCUUGGAUGGCAUAUACCGGGUAUGCCUUGAUAAGCAUCAUUGCAGUGGUUACCACGCCAAUAAUAUUUCGACACGUAAAAUGGUACUACGUAGUUAUAGCUUAUGUCGUCGCCCCCAUGCUUGGAUUUGCCAACUCCUAUGGCACGGGGCUUACCGAUAUCAACAUGGGCUAUAACUACGGAAAGAUCAGUCUCUUCAUCUUUGCGGGUUGGGCUGGCAGGGAUAAUGGUGUCGUUGCAGGGCUUGUUACCGGUACAUUGGUGAAGCAACUGGUGCUUAUAUCUGCAGACUUGAUGCAAGACUUUAAGACAGAUUAUCUCACUCAAACAUCACCAAAAUCAAUGAUGGUGGCACAAGCCAUUGGGACAGUCAUGGGUUGCAUUGUCUCCCCCCUGACGUUCAUGCUCUUCUACACGACAUUUGAUAUUGGCAACCCGACUGGUUAUUGGAAGGCACCGUAUGCACUGAUAUACCGUAAUAUGGUAAUACUUGGUGUUGAGGGGUUCUCAGUGCUGCCAAAGUACUGUCUAGCACUAUCUGGUGGAUUUUUCGCAUUUGCAGCACUGCUCAGCAUGGGAAGAGAUGUCAUGCCACACAAGUAUAGGAAAUAUGUUCCCCUUCCAAUGGCAAUGGCGGUUCCAUUCCUUGUAGGCGGAAGCUUUGCUAUUGAUAUGUGUGUUGGGAGUUUGGUGGUUUUCGUCUGGAACAAGAUAAACAAAAAAGAGGCUGGCUACAUGGUUCCUGCAGUUGCAUCUGGUUUGAUAUGUGGGGAUGGCAUAUGGACGUUUCCUUCAUCCCUGCUUGCCCUUGCCAAGAUUAAACCACCAAUCUGCAUGAAGUUUACACCUGCACCCUAG